AUGGCGUUAGGGAAGUACUCUAGAGUUGAUGGUCGGAAAUCAUCUUCGAAUUAUUGUUCCACGGUGACAAUUGUUGUGUUUGUAGCACUUUGUUUGGUUGGUGUAUGGAUGAUGACUUCAUCAUCCGUAGUCCCUGUUCAAAACUCAGAUGUGUCUUCCCAACAGGAGAACAAGAAUGAUGUUAACGAGAAUACCCGGGUGAGUGAUAAUACAAAGGAAAGUGGCAACAAUUUUGAUAAUUCUAGUGAUGAGAAUAAGAGCGAUAAUAAUAGUGAUGGCUCUUUGAAUGAUAAUGAUUCUAAAACAAAGCAGUUUGAGGAUAACCCGGGUGAUUUACCUGAAGAUGCUACAAAAGGGGACAAUGGUGCAAACUCUAAUCAGGAGGAGAAGAAAUCAAACAUCCAGAAUACGACGAAUGAUGAAAAUGAAGAGCCAAAACCCAAGCCUGAAGAUGAUUCAAAUAGUGAAAUAGAAAAUGGUGAUGAAAAUAAGGGAAAUGGUGAAACGAAGUCUGAUGAUAAAGAUUCAGAAUCAGACAUUGAUGGAAAUAAUUCUGGUGGAGGAGAAUCUGGAAACGAAAAUGAUAAAAAAUCAGAUGAUAGUUCUGAUCAAACAAAAAAUUCGGAUAAUUCAGAUGGUGAAACAGACACAAACAAGAAAGAUGAUUUGCUUCCCUCUGGUGCUCAGUCGGAGCUUUUGAAUGAAACUACCACUCAAAAUGGGGCAUUCUCCACUCAGGCAGCAGAAUCAAAGAAUGAAAAUGAAGGUAAAAAAUCUACUGAAUCUGAGAAGCAGAGUGAAAGCAAGUGGAAACUCUGCAAUGUCACAGCAGGACCAGAUUACAUUCCGUGUCUUGAUAAUAUUGAAGCCAUAAGACAUCUCCCUAGCACUAAACAUUAUGAACACAGGGAAAGACAUUGUCCUGAUAACCCACCCACAUGCCUUGUUUCUCUCCCUGAUGGUUACCAGCGUUCAAUCCAGUGGCCCACAAGUAGAGACAAGAUAUGGUACCAUAAUGUUCCUCACACCAAGCUUGCAGAAGUUAAGGGACACCAAAACUGGGUUAAGGUCAGUGGAGAAUACCUCACAUUCCCUGGCGGUGGGACCCAAUUCAAACAUGGUGCUCUUCACUACAUAGAUUUUAUUCAGCAGUCUGUUCCUGAUAUUGCCUGGGGUAAACGGUCUCGUGUUGUCCUGGAUGUUGGAUGUGGGGUUGCUAGCUUCGGAGGCUUUCUAUUUGAUAGAGAUGUGCUUACCAUGUCCCUUGCCCCAAAAGAUGAACAUGAAGCACAAGUUCAAUUUGCACUUGAGAGAGGUAUCCCUGGUAUAUCCGCUGUGAUGGGUACUAAGAGACUACCUUUCCCGGGGAGAGUUUUUGAUAUUGUUCAUUGUGCCCGAUGCAGGGUGCCUUGGCAUAUAGAAGGUGGUAAAUUGCUGCUGGAGCUUAAUCGUCUACUACGUCCUGGUGGUUUCUUUGUGUGGUCAGCCACUCCAAUCUACCAAAAAAAUGUUGCUGAGGAUGUUGAGAUUUGGGAGGCCAUGAAGAAGCUAACAAAGGCUAUGUGCUGGGAACAAGUUUCUAUCACCAAAGAUAAAGUGAAUGGUGUAGGGAUAGCUAUAUACCGCAAGCCUAUCAAUAAUGAAUGCUAUGAGCAAAGAUCAGAGAAUGACCCUGCUCUCUGCCAAGACUCUGAUGAUCCUGAUGCUGCCUGGAACGUGCCUUUGCAAUCAUGCAUGCACAAAGUUCCAGUUGGUGAAUCAGAACGAGGAUCUCAAUGGCCAGAAUCUUGGCCUGCUCGAGUGAAAAAAACACCCUACUGGUUGUUGAGUUCUCAAGUUGGAGUUUAUGGAAAACCAGCUCCUGAGGAUUUUGCUGCUGAUUUCAAGCAUUGGAAUAAUGUUGUGACAAAAUCGUAUGUUAACGGGUUGGGAAUAAACUGGUCUACUGUGAGAAAUGUCAUGGACAUGCGCGCAGUUUAUGGAGGGUUUGCUGCUGCUCUAAAAGAUUUGCAAGUGUGGGUCAUGAAUGUCGUUGCCAUUGAUGCUCCGGAUACGUUGCCUAUUAUUUACGAACGGGGUUUAUUUGGGCUCUACCACGACUGGUGUGAAUCAUUCAGUACUUACCCCAGAACUUACGAUCUUCUCCAUGCCGAUCAUCUUUUCUCCAAGAUAAAGAAGAAGUGUAAUUUUGAUGCUUUGGUUGCUGAAGUGGAUCGUAUUCUUCGCCCAGAAGGAAAGAUUAUUGUUCGGGACACCGUGGAGACGAUUAAUGAACUUGAGGGCAUUUUCAAGUCUUUGCACUGGGAGAUUCGCAUGACCUACUCCAAAGACAGUGAGGGGUUGCUUUGUGCUCAGAAGACUAUGUGGCGUCCAAAAGAGUGGGAAAAAGUUAGUUACGCACUUCAGUGA